AUGGAAAGCAAUUUGCCAGUAAUAUCCAAGAGAGCAUGCAGCGUUGCACGCGUCGUCUUCUUCAUGCUCCGUAAAGGCUUCGCCAAAGGGAAGCUCAUGAUGGACCUCAACCUCAUGCUCAAACGCCGUGGCAAGCUCGCCGGAAAAGCCAUCGCCAACUUCAUCUCCCACCACCACCACCAUGGCAGCUCCGCCGACGAUGCUUCCCUGCAGUUCUCCACCGCACGCGAGUACGAGUUCAGCUGCAGCAACACUCCCAACUACAGCUUCUUCUCCAAACGCCAUCCCCGUCACUUGUUCGCGUGUGCUCACGCGCCACUCACGUCGGACGAUGACGCGGUGGCGGUUAAUAAUGCCCUUACCGUGGCGUUGGAGAUGCUGGAUGACAAAAAAGGCAAGGACGUGGUGGAGGCCUCCCCGGCGCUUCCCUGGUUUAGGCGGACCCGGACGGUGAGACAAGUGAGGGUGACGGACUCUCCGUUCCCGGUGCAAGACGGCAACGACGACAGGGACGAUCAGGUUAACGAGGCGGCGGAGGAGUUCAUAACGAGGUUCUACAAGGAGCUGAGGAAGCAAGAUUGA